UGCGUCGCGCUCUCUGCCUUUGACGGUCCGAUCUGAACUCAUUCUGUGCACCCUCAUCCUGGUGGAUUUAACCUGCGUGCUCGUCCAGCCCACCCCCAAGAGUUAACUUUUUUUUUUUUUAUUUUAAAAAAACACCAGGUGCCCUGUUAUCGAUGGCGGAGGGUGUGCGCCCCGAGGACUACUGCGACGAGCCAGUGGAGGACGAAUUUGGAGAGAUCAUUAAGUGUCGAUCUGACGAAAGAGAAGACGUUCAGAAGAAGACUUUCACAAAAUGGGUGAACUCACAGUUGGCUAAGACAGGGAAACCACCUGUGGACGAUCUGUUCGCAGACUUGUGUGAUGGACGACGCCUGCUGGAGCUGCUGGAGGGGCUGACAGGACAUGAGCUGGUGAGGUUGGAGAGAGGAUUCACACGUGUACACUCGCUCAACAAUGUCAACCGCGCUCUGCAGAUCUUGCAGAAGAACAACGUUGAACUGGUGAAUAUCGGAGCGUCAGACAUCGUUGAUGGGAAUCACAAACUGAUUCUCGGGCUCAUCUGGAGCAUCAUUCUCCACUGGCAGGUCAAGGAUGUGAUGAAAGAUGUGAUGGCGGGCCUACAGCAGACCAACAGUGAGAAGAUUCUGCUGAGUUGGGUUCGUCAGAACACACGCCAGUAUCCUCAGGUCAAUGUGGUUAACUUCUCCAGUAGCUGGAAUGAUGGAUUGGCCUUCAACGCCCUCAUCCACAGUCACAGACCUGAGCUUUUCGACUGGAGCUCGGUGGAGAAGAAGAUGUCGGCGAUCGACAGACUGGAACACGCCUUUCAUAAGGCUGAACAACACCUGGGGAUAGAGAGACUGCUGGACCCGGAGGAUGUGGCAGUGCCUCACCCGGACAAGAAGAGCAUCAUCAUGUAUGUGACGUCGCUUUUCCAGGUGCUUCCCCAAAGCGUUUCUAUGGAAGCCAUCCAGGAAGUGGAGACGUUGCCACGAGCGAGUCCGGCGGGCGUCACCCGGGUGACGACGGAGGAGCACUACCAGAUCCAGACCCAGCAGCGCUUCUCCCAGCAGAUCACAGUGAGUGUGGCUCAGGGGCGAGUUCGGAGCCCCUCCCCUCAGCCUCGCUAUAAAAGCUAUGCCUACACCCAGGCUGCAUAUGUCAAGUCGCCCGAGCAAAAGAGGAGGCGUUUUACUGAGCAGUUCCUGAGUCCCGGCCAGGAGGAGCUGCAGCGUGGCCUCAGCCCUCUGCCUCCAGGUUCUACCAGUCUGGAGAGCUACCAGGCUGCACUGGAGGAGGUGUUGACGUGGCUGCUGUCAGCUGAAGAUGGUCUCCAGGCCCAGCCUCCCAUCUCCAACCAUGUGGAGGAGGUGAAGGAGCAGUUCCACACUCACGAGGGCUACAUGGUGGAGCUGACCACUCACCAGGGCAGUGUGGGACGGGUCCUUCGGGCUGGCGCCGCCCUGCUAGGAGAAGGAAAUCUGAGCGAGGAGGAGGACUCGGAAGUCAGGGAGCAGAUGAACCUUUUAAACUCUCGGUGGGAGCACCUCCGAGUGGCUAGCAUGGAGAGACAAAGCAGACUUCAUGAGGUCCUGAUGGAACUGCAGCACCAGCAGCUGCAGCAGCUAACAGACUGGUUGGAUGUGACGGAGGCACGAAUUAAGAGGAUGGGGGCUCAGCAGCUGGGUCCUGACCUGGAGGACGUCAAGUACCAAGUAGAGGAGCACAAGCUCCUGCAGGAGGACCUGGAGCUGGAGCAGGUGAGGGUGAACUCUCUGACUCACAUGGUGGUGGUGGUGGAUGAGAGCAGUGGAGACAGCGCCACCGCCGCCUUGGAGAGCAAACUUCAGGUGCUUGGUGAUCGCUGGGCGGCCAUUUGUAGGUGGACAGAAGAACGCUGGAUUCUGCUUCAGGAGAUUCUACUGAAAUGGCAGCACUUCACCAACGAGCAGUGUUUAUUUGACUCCUGGUUGACUCAGAAGGAGGAGCUGGUUCGCUCCAUUAGGACGUCCAACCUUAAAGACCAGGCAGAGAUGGUGGCCUGCUUGCGCCGUCUUGCUACGGUGAAGGCAGAUCUGGAAGUGAAGCGUCCCACUAUGGACAAGCUGUGUUCCAUGAGCCAGGACCUGCUGUCCAGUGUCAAGAACAAAGAAGUGGCCAGCAAACUGGAGGCAAGACUGGAGAGCUUCGCCCAGCGCUGGGAUCGACUGGUCCAGAGUCUGGAGACCAGCAGCACCCAGCUGUCAUCGUCUGUCAGCGCGGCCCAGCAGUCCGAGAUGACCCACUCUGUCACGGCGACCGUUACCAAGGUGACGACGAGGGAGAAGGUGGCGGCCGUGCGCCAGACCCGAGAAUCGCCGCCACCACAGAAGAAGAGGCAGGUGGUGGUGGAUUCUGAGCUCAGGAAAAGGUUCGACGUGGACUUUACAGAAGUCCACAGCUACAUGACCCGAGGCGAGGCCAUCCUGCAGAGCCCGGAGUUCUCGGUGUCACGCAAGGACGGCAGCAUUCAGGAGCUGUAUGACAAAGUGCAGGCGAUCGAACGAGAGCGGACAGAGAAAUACCGAAAGCUUCAGGAGGCGACGCGGACAGCACAGACCCUGGUCGAGCAGGAGGGGACUCGUGCUGAGGACAUUGCACAGGCAGCAGAGCAGUUGAACCAGCGCUGGGUGGGAUUCUGUGCCCUGUUGGCCGACAGACUGGCAUGGCUCGCUUACCAGACAAAGGUGCUGGCCUUCUAUAGCUUGUAUGAGCAGUGUGAGCAGGCGGUGGACAGCAGUGAGAACUGGCUCAAAGUCCAGGCGCCUCCAGCGUCUGAACCAGAGCCGCUCAAAGUCCAGCUGGAUCGAUGCCGGGAGGAGGUGGCUCGCCUGGCGUCCCUGCAGCCCCAGGUGGACCUCCUGGAGAAGCGACUGAAGGAGCUGAAGGAGGAGAAGGAAGGGGACGAAGACCCUUCGGCCUUCCUGGAUGCCGACAUCAACGCCUUCAAAGAACACUACCAGAAUGUCCUGGAGGACCUGAGGGCCAGAGAGAGGCAGCUACAACUGGUUUUGGAGAGCCUGCCCCCAGCUCGAUAUAAGGAAACCAUAUCGACACUGUUGGCAUGGUUACAACAGUGCGAGGCCAAGCUGGCCAUCCCAUCAACAGCUGUUACAGAAUAUCCUAUCAUGGAACAGAGACUGAAUGACAUUCAGGCUCUCCAGGUGGCUAUGGCUGAACACCAGGGAGAGGUGGACUAUCUGACCUCAGCUGUAGAGCAGGUCUUCCAGAAAGCUCCCCCAGACAUCAGCCAGAAAUAUCGUGCGGAGAUGGACGCCAUUACAGCACGUUGGAGACGACUGGGCUCCACGCUGACGGACAACGCCCAGAGAGUCCAGGAGCUCAUGUCCAAACUGAUGCAGUUUGAGAAUGAUGUUAAGACUUUAAAGAAGUGGAUGGCAGACGUGGAUGUCUUCCUGAAUGAGGAAUGGCCAGCGCUGGGAGACUCUGAAGCUCUGGAGAAGCAGUUAGAGCAGUGCACGGCUCUGGUGAAUGACAUCCACACUAUCCAACCCAGCGUCAAUGGCAUCAAUGAAGUUGGACUGUACCUGAAGAAGGAGGCCGAGCCACCGUUUGCCAUCCACAUCCAGAAAGAACUGGACGAACUCAAUGCCCAGUGGGAGAACGUCUGCAAACAGGCCUAUGCAAAGAAGUCUGCUCUUAAAGGUGGUCUUGAUAAGACCAUGGCUCUGAGAAAGGAGAUGCAGGAGAUGCAGGAGUGGAUUAACCAAGCUGAGGAGGACUACCUGGAGAGAGACUUCACUUACAAGACGCCUGAAGAGCUACGCAAGGCUGUGGAGGAGCUCAAGAGGGCCCAGGAGGAAGUCCACUCCAAGGAGCUAAAGGUCAAACUCCUGACUGACAGCGUGAACAGUUUCAUUGCCAAGGCCCCACCCACGGCCCAUGAUGCUUUGCGCUCGGAGCUGGAUGUCCUGACGGCCAACUACCAGCGCCUGUGUAGCCGCCUGGAUGGGAAAUGUAAAACUCUUGAGGAGGUGUGGGCGUGUUGGUGUGAGUUGCUGUCCUACCUGGAGCAGGAAAACGCCUUCCUGGACCAGCUGGAGCAAAAACUGGAUGAGACAGAAAACCUGCAAGGAGGAACAGAGGAGCUGCAGGAGGCGCUGGAUAGCUUAGAUGUCCUUCUGCAACACCCGGAGGACAACAGGAACCAGAUUCGAGAGCUGGCCCAGACGCUGAUGGACGGAGGUGUUCUAGACGAACUGAUUCAGCAAAAACUGGACGCUUUCAACACCCGAUGGGAUGAACUUAUGGCAAGGGCAGCGCUCAGGCAGAAGGAGCUGGAGAAGAGCAUCCAGUGGGCCCAGGAGAACGACAAGGCACUGAGGCAGAUCCAGGAAGCGUUGGCCAACACAGACCGCCACCUCACCGCCUACCUGGCUGACCACAUCGAUGCCCAGCAGAUACCGCAGGAGGCUCAGAAAAUCCAAUCUGAGCUGAGCGGCCAUGAAAUGACCCUGGAAGAUAUGAAGAAGAAGCACCAGGACAAAGACUUGUCCCAGAGGACCAUGGGACAGAUAGACCAUACCCAGAAAAUGCUGGCAGACGUGUGGACCAAGUUCCGCCUCUUCCAGAAACCGGCUGACUUCGAUUCUCGACUGGCCGAGUGUGAGCGUGUGCUGGCCGGGGUUAAAGGGCAGGUGGGGCUGCUGGAGAUCCGCAGCGUGGAGCAGGAUGUGGUGCAGUCGCAGCUGGAGCAGUGCAUGAAGCUGUACAAGGCGCUGAGUGAAGUGAAAGGGGAGGUGGAGACGGUGAUCAAAACGGGCCGACAGAUCGUCCAGAGGCAGCAGACGGAGCAGCCCAAAGAGCUGGACGACAGAGUUACCGCCCUGAAGCAGCUCUACAACCAGCUGGGGGCUCAGGUGACAGAGAGUAAACUGGAGCUGGAGAAGAGUCUGAAGCUGUCGAGGAAGCUGCGUAAAGAGCUGAACGGGCUGACGGAGUGGCUCGCUGCCACCGAUGCUGAGCUGACCAAGCGCUCCUCUGUGGACGGCAUGCCCAGCAACCUGGAGGCGGAGGUGGCGUGGGCUCAGUCCAUCCAUGGGGAGACGGAGAAGCAUCAGCCACAGCUGCAGGCGGUGGUGGACCUCGCCGACGCCCUCAAAGCCGUACUGCGAGGCCAGGGCGGCCUGGUGGACGACAAAGUCAGCCUGCUGCGUUGCAACUGGAUCGCAGUCACAUCCAGAGCAGAAGAAUGGCUCAACCUGCUGCUGGACUACCAGCGGCAGAUGCAGAAGUUAGAUGGAGAAAUAGAGGAAGUGAACGGAUGGAUUGAUGGAGCGGAGAAAAAGAUGGAUGAGAUCGACAGCCAGGGGCCCAACGACGCUGUGCUGAAGGUGCUGCGUGCGGAGCUGGAGCUGACCAGAGGGAAGAUGGAGGAGGUGAGGGCUCUGGCCCAGGAGCUCAUGUCCACCAGGGGGGAGAACUGCCAGGCCCAGGUGGGACCCAAAGUGGAGCAGCUCAACCAGAGAUUCGACACCAUCGCCCAGCGUGUCGCCUCUGGACUGACGGCGGCUUCAGCCAAAGAGCUCGAGCAGUACCACAGCGAAGCACAAGUCUGGCUGGAGCUCCUGGAGGAGGAAGUGAAACAGGGGGAAAACCUGAAGGAAGAGGACUUUCAAGAGGACAAGGACUGUGAGGAAGGUGCAGUGAAAGAAUUACUGUUGAAAGGAGAGAAUCUGCAGAAGAGAGCCCCAGAUCAGGAAAAAAGAGAACAGAUAAGACUGAAGCAGAACCAGCUCAACAGCAAGUACAACACCGUCAAGGACCUGCGUGUCCUGAGGAACAGGAAGGCGUUGGCCAUCGCCCCCCAGUGGUACCAGUACAGGAGAAAGUCACAUGACCUGCUGGCCUGGCUGGACGACAUCCAGCGCAGCGUGGAGCAGCUUCCCGACCCCCCCGAGGGAGAGAGGGUCAAGGAAAUUGGCUCAGAGUUCGACAAGAAGAAGGAGGAGCUUAAGGAGGUGCAGGGCUUAGCCAAUCAGCUCUCAGAGGGGGGAGCCGCCAAUCUAGUGGAGCCCCGCCAACUCCAGCUCAACACACGCUGGGUUGAGGUGGAGGGCAAGUUCAUACCCUUCAAAAGACAAUGUUUCCCUGAUCUGCCCAUCACUGAAGAUGAAUACCUGACAGAGCUGCAGGCGUUGCUGCGUUCGGUGUCAGACACGGACUUCAAGCUGAACUCUCCUGAAUACUGGCCUGCAGCUUAUUAUAACCUGCCUCAGCAGGAGCACUGCCUGAAGGAGGUGAAAGAAAACAUCGACAAGCUGCGAGGCCCAGUAGAGGGAGCGCUGGCCCACAGGGAGGAGAUGCUGUUGGGCGCUCGGCCUUUGAGCUGCCAGAGAAUCCAGGAGACAGCCACCCUCCUCAGCACCAACUGGGACAAACUGAACAAGCUCUACCUGGACAGACUGAAGCGCUGGCAGGACUGCAACUCAAAGUGGCAGAAGUUGGUUUCAGAUCAGAAGGCUGUGGAGGGGUGGUUGAAAGAGGCUGAGAGCACUUUGAAACUGGCAGAGACUGAGGAUCCAGCGACACAUCGACAACACCUCCGGGACUUGAUGGAGGCCAUACCCAUGCAGGAAGUGGUGCUGGGUAGAGUGAUCUCUGCAGGAGAGGAGAUCGGCCAGUUAAGCACACCAGACGACGCCCUGCAGCUGCGAACACAGCUCAAGUUACUCAAGACUCGGUGGACCAACGUCUGCCAGCAGCUGAACGAGCGCAAGAGGAGGUCUGCAGAGGCGCGUACAGCAGCAGUAGAGAUGCAGGAGGACAUGGAUGCCAUGCUGGGCUGGUUGGACAGGGCAGAGGGUGUGCUGGCCAUCCCAGUGCAGCCUGCAGACCCACAGCACAUCCGAGAAACUCUACCUAAAGUCCAGGCACACGUGGAGGAGCUUCCAGCCAAGAAGGCAGCAGUAGAGGAUCUGAACUCCAGACACAAACAGAUAACACUUCCUGCUGACAGACAGAAAGACAUCAGGAUCAUCAACACUCGCUGGUCUCAGGUGUCCAAAGCUCUGCCUGAGCGUCAGCUGGAGAUGGAGAGACUUCUGAAGGAGCUGGAGAAACUUCAGGGUCAGCUGGGUGACCUGUCGGCCUGGGCAUCCAGCACCAGAGCCAAGCUGGAGCAGAACCCCGAGCAUCCACCACCCAGACUCAUCGAGGAAGUACAAGUCAGGCAUCCAGAAGUGGAGUCGGUUUUGGACCGAGCCGAUCAGCUGUUCAAGGACACUCCCCCCGGCCAACCGAUCAUGGUGAAAUAUGGGAAGCUAAGAGAAGACUGGACAGUGAUCCUGGAGCUUUGGCAGCAGCAUAAGGAGAGAAUGGCUGCUCUGCUCGUCGCCAAAAAAGCCAAUGAAAGCCUGACAGGAAGUUCCCAACCUGAAUCCGCAGCACUGGCUCAGUUCAACAAGUCCUGGGCUGAGCUCACUGACUGGCUGACCAUGCUGGAUAACAUGGUGCAGAACAAACGGGUGGUGGUGGCUGACCUCGACGAUAUUAACAGCAACAUCAGCCAGCUCAAGUCAUCUCUACAGGAGGUGGACCACAGGCACCCACUCCUGGAGAAACAAGUCACAGCAGCCCAGAACCUCAAGAACAAAACGAGCAACCAGGAGACACGUAAUGCUAUUACUGAACGUAUUGACAGGCUCCAGACUCACUGGGAAGACUCUCAGACUAAACUCUCUGACAGGAAAAAGCAGCUACACAACAUGCUGCAGGAUUCAACCAACUGGCUAGAUGCAAAGAAGAGGGUGGAUCCUCUCAUCAAACAAGCCAGCGAACGGCUGGAGUCAUGGCAGGGCAUCACAUACACGGUGGACGCACUGAAGAAACAGAACGCUGAGCUUAAGCUCUUCUUGAAGGAGCUGCAGCAGUGGCAGGGACAGGUGGAUGAAACCAACGCUCUGGCCCACAAACUGCUAACGCUGUACGCCAACGACGACACGCACAAGGUCACCCAGGUCAACGACAACAUGGUGGCCACCUGGACGCACAUCAACAAACGUGUUUCGGACCGGGAGGCAGCUUUGGAAGCAGCUCUUAAGCUGUUGCAGCAGUUUUACCUCGACCUCGAGAAGUUCCUGAACUGGCUGACGGAGGCUGAGACGACAUGCAAUGUUUUAAUUGAUGCCACCAACAAGGAGCAUCCAGAGGCGGCCAGAAACCUGCUGGCUCAGUGGAGGGACCUCGAGGCAGAGAUCGACGGCCACACCGAGCUCUAUCACUCCUUGGAUGAAAAUGGCCAGAGGAUUCUGAGCUCAGUGGGGGAAACUGAGGAUGGCGCUAUGCUCCGGAGACGUCUGGGUGACAUGAGCCAGCGCUGGAACGACCUGCGCAACAAGACCCUCAGCAUGAGGGCCCAUCUGGACUCAGAGAUGGCCCCCUGGAAGAGGCUCCACAUGUCGCUGCAGGAGCUCCUGAACUGGCUGAGGCUGAAAAGUCAACAGUUGGAACAGGAGCCGCCUGUAGGGGGCGACGUCCCUGCAGUGCAGACACAGCUGGACACACACCGGGGUUUCAGGAGGGAUGUGAGAGGGAAGGAGCCAGUUGUGACGAAGGCUCUGGAUGAUGUGGGAAUCUUUCUGUCUGAACUACCCCGAGAAACACCGUCACCUGAGCAGAGAGACAUCAGCCCAGAGGAGCGUGCCCAGAAUGUGGGGCGAGUCCUGCGCAAGGAGGCAGACGACGUGAUCAACAAGUGGGACCGGCUCAACGCAGACUCCACAGACUGGCAGAGAAGGUUGGAGCUGGCUCUGGACCGGCUGGUGGAGCUCCAGGAUGCCGAGGACCUGCUGGACGGACAGCUGAGACAGGCAGAGAUGGUGAAGGAGGCGUGGGAACCGGUGGGAGACUUGCUAAUCGACUCGCUGCCAGAGCACAUCGACAGAGUUAAGGAGUUCCAAGAAGAGAUCGCUCCCAUUCAGGAGGACGUGACACACAUGAACCAGUUGGCGUCCACAUUUGAUCCUCCUGACAUUCAGCUGUCGCCUAGCAACCUGGAGCGCAUCGAAGAUCUCAACACACGCUGGAGGCUGCUCCAGGUUACCUUGGAUACAGGGGAAAACAACUCAGGCAGAAAUGGACUGGGUGAGGUGGACUUGAAGAUGUCCAUCAAAGAGCAUCUGAAGCAGCUGACCGACGCUCACAGAGACUUUGGCCUUCUGCACGGAUCCGUAGAAAGACCCUUUGAGCAGGGCGUCUCCCCAAACAACGUGCCCUAUUACAUCAACCACCAGACCCAGACAACAUGCUGGGACCAUCCCAAGAUGGCUGAGCUCUACCAGUCUCUGGCUGACCUGAACAAUGUUCGCUUCUCAGCCUACCGCACAGCCAUGAAGCUCAGACGCCUGCAGAAGGCUCUCUGCUUGGACCUGCUGAGCAUGCCGAUGGCGUGCGAGGUGUUCGACCAGCACGGUCUGAAGCAGAACGAGCAGCUGCUGGACAUCUCUCAGCUGGUCACCUGUCUGACCAGCCUGUACCAGCGGCUGGAGCAGAGCCACUCCCAUCUGGUCAGCGUCCCGCUGUGUGUCGACAUGUGCCUCAACUGGCUUCUCAACGUCUACGACACCGGUCGCACUGGAAAGAUUAGGACUCUGUCAUUCAAAACUGGAAUCAUCUCACUCUGUAAAGCACACCUGGAGGACAAAUACAGAUUCUUGUUCCGGCAGGUCGCCAGCGCUACAGGCUUCUGUGACCAGCGUCGCCUGGGCCUCCUCCUCCACGACUCCAUCCAGAUCCCCCGGCAGCUCGGGGAAGUCGCCUCCUUCGGCGGCUCCAACAUCGAGCCCUCCGUCCGCAGCUGCUUCCAGUUUGCCAACAACAAACCUGAACUGGAGGCUGCAAUGUUCCUGGACUGGAUGCGUCUGGAGCCUCAGUCCAUGGUGUGGUUGCCCGUCCUCCACCGUGUCGCUGCCGCAGAGACCGCCAAGCACCAGGCCAAGUGCAACAUCUGCAAGGAGUGUCCCAUCAUAGGCUUCAGAUAUCGGAGCCUGAAACAUUUCAACUAUGACAUUUGCCAAAGCUGCUUCUUCUCUGGUCGUGUUGCCAAGGGACACAAGAUGCAGUACCCCAUGGUGGAGUACUGCACCCCGACCACAUCGGGGGAGGACGUCAGAGACUUCGCCAAGGUGCUGAAGAACAAAUUCAGGACCAAGCGCUACUUCGCCAAACAUCCACGAAUGGGCUACCUGCCCGUCCAGACCAUCCUGGAGGGAGACAACAUGGAAACUCCUGUCACUCUGAUCAACUUCUGGCCCGUAGACCAUGCGCCCGGCUCGUCACCUCAGCUCUCACAUGACGACACACACACUCGGAUCGAGCACUACGCUAACCGGUUAGCAGAAAUGGAGAAUCGUAAUGGCUCUUUUCUGAAUGACAGUAUCUCACCCAAUGAGAGCAUCGAUGACGAGCACAUGUUGAUCCAGCACUACUGCCAGUCUCUGAACCAAGGCUCUCCUCUCAGCCAGCCCCGCAGUCCUGCCCAGAUCCUCAUCUCCAUGGAAACGGAGGAGAAGGGAGAGCUGGAGAGGGUCCUGAAUGACCUGGAGCAGGAGAACAGGAAGCUGCAAGCCGAGUACAACCGUCUGAAGAAGGCCCACGACAGGAAGGGUCUGUCGCCGCUGCCGUCGCCCCCGGAGAUGCUCCCGGUGUCACCGCAGAGCACACGCGACGCCGAGCUCAUCGCGGAGGCCAAGCUGCUUCGGCAACACAAAGGUCGUCUGGAGGCCCGGAUGCAGAUCCUGGAAGACCACAACAAACAGCUGGAGUCGCAGCUGCACCGGCUCAGACAGCUGCUGGAGCAGACUGACUCCAAGGUGAACGGCACAGCGUUGUCCUCUCCCUCCACCUCCUCUCAGCGCUCCGACUCUUCCCUCCCUCAGCUCCGUGUGGCCGCCAGCCAGACUACUGAUACGAUGGGUGACGACGAGUUGUCCAGCCCCUCUCAAGACGCAUCAGGGCUGGAGGAAGUGAUGGAGCAGCUCAACAAUUCUUUCCCUCACAGCCAGGGUCCAAACAUCGGCAGUUUGUUCCACAUGGCCGACGAUCUGGGCCGCGCCAUGGAGUCACUGGUCAGCGUGAUGACGGACGAGCAGAGCGCCGAACAGCACGAGGCCCUGCUCUUCUGAUCCCGCCUUACAAACAUCAUCACCCUUCCCUCCUUCCCUAACCUCCCUCCUUCCCUAACCUCCCUCCUUCCCUAACCUCCCUCCUUCCCUAACCUCCCUCCUUCCCUAACCUCCCUCCCCACCUGUCGCAUGCUUUUCUAGUCAAACAACUGGAUUGGAAACAGUUUACAAAGAGAAUAUAUAAUGUCUAUUUUUGUGAAGGAUUGCGGUUCCAGCAAUGACACGUAAGAAAACAAAACAUUAUAACUUGUAGAUUUCAGUAGUUUCUUAAAAUGUCUUGAAGUUGUUUUAUUAUUAACAGAGGCUGGUUUUUAAACUUCUAUGCAAUUGUAUAAAAUAAGAGUGGGGUUUGGAGGGGGGGGGGAGAUACAAAUAAGUGUGUUCACUGUAGUCAUAUUUGCCAUCUCUUUGUAAUUGGGAUAACAGCUAAAGCAUUUCAGACAUUUGUAUCAGAAAAAACUACAGAUUUUGAUUAUAAGGGUGCUUUCUAAGAGGAAGAAGUCUUUCUGUAACAGCGUACACUACUGUCAAGGUAAUGCAGGCAUCCUGGAUCUUUACAGUACGUUGUCUUUAAGACUGUGUGUGUGUGCGUGCGUGCGUGCGUGCGUGCGUGCGUGCCUAAUUUCCAUAAAACAUUAGAGCCUUUUUAUUUCCUCAUCCGUCCAUCCAUUCAUCUUAUUUGUUUUCAGCACAGUGUACUGUGUGCACAAACCUUCAUUAUACAAGGCCCCAUUUAGAACACGGACAAGUCGGCACACAAAAUAAUGAGGCUAAAUUUACACAAUAAUUACAGGAAUUGAAACCAAAAACAAGACUUGUAUUAAAGGGUCGCUCUAGUGAGAUCAUGCUGCACAUCUAUAAGAGAAAUUGGCCAAGAUAUCUUGAGUUCUAGCAGCCAGUGUGAUUCGUGAUCUAAAAACCCUGGAUUUUUUAUUUCCCACAAUGCAACUUUAGCCAUUUUAUAACACAAACUUACUUCUAAAUGUCUCUGAGCUCAAGUUGAAAUGACCCUGAUGAUGUCGCUGUUCGAUCAUCAGGGUGAUUUUCUCAACAAAAGGGAAGCUAAUUUAUGCAUCAGGGUGUCCCUAAAAUCUGGACACAGGAAAUCUCAACUAUAUUUUUAUUUUGCCUCCACAGAUUAAAUAUGGCUUUGUCGAAAGAAAAAAGAGUUGGACUGGUACUUCUCAGUGGACAUGAAGGACGGAUUUAUCAAAAGAUAGGGUUAGGGUUUCGGUUGAGGAAGUGAUUUUUUGUGGUUACCAUGAAUUUUAGCCAUGACCAAUUAUUUAAUUUUUCAUUUGGUCGCCCAGAUCCGGGUUUUUCCAUGACAUUGCCUGUUUCUUUAAACUUUUUAAGCACCUUCGCCACUGUGGAAAAGCCAAAUGGAACCUCCUUGGAUGACGUGCUUUAAAUUCAGCUAGCUUAUUUCUAAUAUAUACAGGGUGUCCCAAAAGUCUGGACACAGGAAAUCAUGAAGGAUGGACAUAUGGAAAGAUAGCAGAUGGAAAUGUUUCAUGGAAUAUCUCCAUAGGGGUACAGAGGAACAUUUCCAGCAACCAUCACUCCUGUGUUCUAAUGCUACAUUGUGUUAUCUAAUGGUGUUGAAAGGCUCAUUGAUGAUUAGAAAACCCUUGUGCAGUUAUGUUAGCACAUGAAUAAAAGUGGGAGUUUUCACGGAAGAUAAACUGUCUGGGUGACCCCAAACUUUUGAACAGCAGAAAAACAAACUUAACGCCGUCCAGUGUGGUCUAUUAUCUCUGGCCAUCCUUUGGCUAUUUUCUUACAAAGAAAACCAAACAACUGGUCAUCAAAGAUUAAAAUUGGAUUUUUUUUAGAGUCAUAUUCAGUGUUUUUAAGGAAAGGUGAUCCUCUUUGUUGCACUGACCCACACUAAGGAUUCAAAUUUUUAUCCGUGAAAUGCUUUCUCGGUGUCCAUCCAGGGCCUGUUAGGAGAACACAGUACACUGUGCAUGAGUUCAUCAGUUUCUCCCUGUCAACACUACUGCAAGAAGAAGAGUGUUAUUUAAAUUAGAAUCUGAGCACUCUAGUGUUCCAGGGCUGCUAGUUAUGUGUGAGGAUUUCUUCUGUGUGAUUACAACCCAGAGUUCUGUGUGUUUUCAGAGGCCCGGUAACCGAAGCUCUACCUCGUCAUUCAGAGGCAGUUUGUCUGCUGUCCUCAGUCCCGCUCUCCUCUCACAUUAUGGAUUAUUGAUUGAUUACUGCUGGUUGAUUGAAUCAGGAUAUUGUAAUUCCUCUGAAGACGUUCUCUGCACUGUAGGAGCCUCCAGACUGAAUGUCCGAAUGCAUCCGCUCCAUUUCUUUACAUGAGUCGAGUACAAAAAUACAAAUCUGAGGAAUCCGUGUGCACUACUGUAAACCUGGGACAUACUAGAUCUUUGUUUUCUGUGUGGAGGAAGUGUUUCUUCUAGCAACGUUUUGUGUUUGGUUUAAAAGCAGUUUGGUUUUGUGCUGUGUGAGGUGUUCUGAUAUUAGCAUGUGUGACUAAAUCCAUCCUUAUUUAGCGUGGAACCACUCGUGUUUGGCCUCCCAUUGUUUUGCAGCAUGACCCGACAGGUUUUGAUCAGACACUGAAUUUUUAUUUUUUUUCUUGAUCAUUUCUAACGUUUGUGUUUCAUUCUCAUAUCAUGUUUCAAGUAACGCGUCAAUACUCCACAACAUAUCAGAUUCCACCAAAUAUAUGCCUUAUUACUGUAUUAUAAACUGCUUUACUGUAAAUCAAUAAAGCACGCAGUUAUGUUGA